GUUCGUGCCGUGCGCAUUGACGGUGUGAGACGGCUCGCAUCGCAGUUGCAGCGCGUUAGUCCGAUCGGUCGGUUCGUUAUCUCCGGUGCUCUGGUUGCGUCCGUUCUUUUCGGGAAAAAGGGGCAACUGUUAGUGUGUGCUCAGCGGUGAAAAAAGCACUAGAAAAUUGAUUCGUAGCCGGUCGGUGUAAGUGUGUGAAACGGUAAAGUUGUGAGUCACAACAAAAAAAGGACAGAAGUGUUAAACGAAAAGAAAAAAAAAAACAAUACGAUCAGUAAAAUGGUCGCAUCAGGAUCGUUCGGCAAGCGUUCGAUGCUUCCGGUAGCGUUGAUAGUGUGCGUGCUGGCGAUCGUACUGCCGGACGGUGCUGGACCGGUGUGGAUGGUCCAAGCCCAACAAUCGGCCGAUCGUACCGGCGCCAUCAUCUUCCCGGACGAGCUGAGCACCCGGUACGAGCAGGAGCGGGAAACGCUCGCGAAGGAGAAGCGCGAAUCUUCCCGGCGCCGCAACGACGAGGCAAGUGACGGCAGGCGGGAUGAGGAUGACGUUCGCCAUGAAUAUGACAAUGGUUCGGAAGAAUUUUACGGGUUACCGGUCAGCUACGCACUACAGCUCUCCGAGCUUAACUCUACCGCUGAUAUACUGAACCUACUGGAUCCGGACUCUGUAGACCAACGUGUGUUCAUGGACGGUGGAGAAUACAGUGGACGUGACAUUGGAGAAAAUCCUAUUCCGGCAUCGUGUGAACCCGAAUCGCAGCUGGUUAGUCUGCGGCCGGAAAAUCUCACCAAUCCACGCUACUACUUCUAUCCAUCCUGUACGCGGGUGAAGCGUUGCAGUGGCUGUUGCAACACGAACCAGCUUGUUUGCGAACCUGUCGCUAACCGUACCAUUCUGUACAAGGUCACCAUCCUGGAGUAUCGCAGCGGUAAGAAGGAUCGUUUCUCGCAUCGCGAGCUGGUACCGGUGGAGGAGCACGUCCGGUGCAAGUGUCAGUGUCGCGUGAAGGAGUGGCACUGUACCGAACGGCAGGUGUACAAUCCGAACAACUGCCGCUGCGAUUGUACCAACCGCGAGGACCGGAACCGGUGUGUGGAGGAACCGCUAAAGCAGUGGAACCCGAACACCUGCACCUGCGACUGUCUGCCGCGGAACGAGGAGUGUACCAGUGGCUCGCACUACGAUCGUAGUGCCUGCAAGUGUCUACCGAACGAAUACUACGCGUAUGAUGGGGUGGCAGCGUACUGGGACCACCACCAACAGCAGCAGCAGCAGCAGCAACAGCAACGGCCCAUCUCCCUCGCUCGCUCUGCCGUUUCCGGGUAAGGGGAAAGUGGGAGUUGGAAAGGGUACCGGUGCUGCUCCCCAGACCAGCAGGUGCAUUAAACCCACGUUUGCAUUACCAAAACCGAGAGGAACUGUGUCGCUCACUCUCUCUAUAUAGCUGACAGUUGCAGAAGACGAGCCAUAUGCAUCUAUACGGAUAGGUUGUAGUGCUUAGGACCACUAGUAAAACAAUUGUACUUUAAGUAGACAGCGCGUAAGGGAUGGCGCGGACACAGCUGGACGGAUUAAUUUAUAACCCAUUUCCCAUUUCCCUGAAGCAGCCGUAAUAGAUUUGCAGCGUGAUACCGUGAAACCGUGAUUGGGGCGAGUGAAGUGUAUGAGUUGAAGCAAAAACCAUGGCCAGGACGCACCCGGAACGUCACGCUGGAGGAACGUCGACGUCUGAUCGUGAAACCGAUGCCAUCGAUCUCCUAUCCGUAAACUGUUGGUGCACCCUUGUCCCGGGGGGCGUGCGAGGGGAGUAAGAAGCAGAAGAUGAAGACGGCGACAACGAUAAAGGGCUACGCAAUGAAACCAUAACGAAUGGCGAACGCAAGAUGGCGGAACGAAUAUCGAAGCAUAUACCGUGCAAAUGAAACGAAAAUGGCCACCCGGGCAGUCUUUUCUAACGACAUCGAUACACGCAACGAUCCAACUGUCCAACACCUCCACCGGAUGUUACGAAUCGUAACCCCCAUCACAUGCAUUUCUUUUACGCCCCAUUUUUCGCCACGAUGGACAAUGCCUUCCAAAGCCACCGGUGGCUAGAUGUAUUAACAAAAUGGCUGGGAACUGUCGGUUUGCAAGUCGGAAAUAUGUGUCCGCCCGUUCUUGGUGACCGCGUUCGGUAAAACAGUUAAUAGUGGAAAUGCGUACGAGUCCUUACAAAUAUGGCGCCCGAUUCGACAAAAGUAGUAUUUUAAGGUUAAGAAUAAGAUAGCGAGAAGGAGAUAUCUUUAUAUAUAUAUACAUAUGUAGUGAGUAAGAGAGAGAGGGAGAAAGAGGGAGCAAAAACAGGAAAACAGACACACACACAGAAUAUUAGUGCUGAGGACGGAUGCAAUGCAAACUAUCCACCGAUUCAAGUUUGUGAUUGCGACAAAAAUACAGUUGAUUAACGAACUGACGAUCAUGUGAAAAAAAAUAAAAAAAAAAUUAAAAAAACAUGUG